CACUGUACAUUCAAUAUUCAAUCGACCAUUUUAUCAAAUAAGUUUACACCUAAAUUAGCCUAUCGAUUAACAGUAUACAAAUUCAACUACCGGUUAAAACUUAUAUCAGUAUAAAAAAUUCUAUACAGAUAUUUAACGACUUACACUGAAGAAAGUGAUAACUUAUUAUAAAGAUGGCGACGCGAUUGGUGAAUAAUCUCAAAGACGAGUAUCUGAGAUGUAGGAUCUGCUUGGAGCAGUAUGAGCUUCCGAAAUCACUGCCCUGCGACCACAUCUUCUGUCAGACUUGCCUCACGGAGCACGUGACGCAAACGGCCGUAAGACAAAAAGGCCACGUGGUGGUCACGUGCCCAUUAUGUCGUCACCAGACGACAGUGAAGUCACGUGACAAUUUCGAAGCGGAAUCCUGGGUAAAAUCGUUGCCUACAGACACCCUGAUCGAUUCCUUACAAAGAACGAUACACCUGCACGCCUCUUCGAACGAUAAAUUGUCCGCUGAGCGGUUGCCAAAAUUGUGUCAAAUUCAUGGCGGUAAACCACGCGAGGCAUACUGCUUCACGCAUGCGCAGUUAGUGUGCUGGGAAUGCGCCGCACGCGACCAUCGCGCGUGCGAAGUGGAUUCCGCAGAAAAGGCUAUAGAAGUAGUGAGGCCACAGAUAGAUUCUUUGAAGACAACGGUUUCGGAGCAGUUAGCAAAGGCGCGCGAAAUGGGAAAAAUCGACCAGAAGUUUACGGAUUCAAAGAACAAAACCCUACGCGAAAUACUUGACAUGGAAACCCGACUCGAGCAAAUGUACGAGUCCGCAAAGCAACAGUUUGCGCUUGCACGAGCGGAUGUGGAAGAAUGCAUGCGCUUGCAUCUCGAUGAUCGGAAGUCCUUCUAUGACGUGGUUUCGAAUCUUUUGGAGCAGAACUGCACGCUGGAGAUUCUUGGCACAGAAUCGGAUACAGCCCACGUUUUGUCGGCAAUAGAAAACAGCAGAGCAGAUGUCUUAAAAGCUAUUUCGGAUUUGUCACGUCUCGAAAAGAACAGUGCGAGCGGUGACAAAGAUUUUGUCUGCUUUGUUCGCGACGAGCAGAUGAACGCGUUUUUGAACAUGUAUUCUAGCAUCGGAUUCGUUGAUACAAACGUUUCCGGUUCUGCGCACGCAAUCCCGGAAAUGAAAACACCACGUGAUGCGCCGUCUUCCAUAUCGCAUAUUCUGAAGCGGCCUCCAAGUAAAAACAAGCCGGCGCCGGGUAAAGUGAAAGCAACUGCUAGAGCCCAAACCCAGAAGAAAAGUACCUGAGUGCAUUUUCAUUUAAAGUCCUGUCUUCAUCAGAAAAGGCAUUUUAGUUAAAAUGAUUGCAAAUAAUUACGCAUGUGCGCAGCACGUGUUUUGUCAAAUUAUCAAUCCGAGUUUAGAAGAAGCGAAACAUUAUAGCUUAUAAUUUGUAUUUGAAUAUUCAACUAUGCCUUAGUGUAGAAUCCGCCGUUUGACUCUCUACGUUAAUUAAUAAAAAUGUUGCUAUUAA